CUUUGGAUCGACGACCCUUCCCUCGCCCUUCCGCUCACUUCCUUCGACGUACUUCGCAUUUAGAGAGGGAAAAAAAUGAGUGACACAGCGGCUAAGCCUGGCGUUGAGCCAAGCGAGCGUACCGUCAUCGGCAUCACCUUCGGCAACUCCAACAGCUCCAUCGCCCAUGUUGUCGACGACAAGGCCGAGGUCAUUGCGAACGAGGAUGGAGACCGCCAAAUCCCCACGAUUCUGUCGUACGUCGAGGGCGACGAGUACUACGGUCAGCAGGCCAAGAACUUCCUCGUCAGGAACCCCAAGAACACGAUCGCCUACUUCCGCGAUUUCCUAGGGAAGGAGUUCAAGUCGAUCGACCCUACUCACAACCACGCCUCUGCCCACCCGCAAGAAACGGGUGAGACAGUCUCGUUCACGGUCAAGGACAAGGACGGAGAAGAGGAGGCCCCGUCGACACUGUCGGUUUCCGAGGUCGCCACCCGCUACCUCCGGCGCCUGGUCGGCUCUGCGUCGGAGUAUCUUGGGAGAAAGGUCACCUCGGCUGUCAUCACGGUCCCGACCAACUUUACCGACAAGCAAAAAGCCGCCCUGAUCGAGGCUGCCGCCGCCGCCGACCUCGAGGUCCUGCAGCUCGUCAGCGAACCCAUUGCCGCGAUCCUCGCCUACGAUGGGCGCCCCGAGGCCAAGAUUCAGGACAAGAUCAUCGUGGUCGCGGAUCUGGGCGGCACCCGGUCCGACGUCGCCGUCGUCGCCAGCCGCGGCGGCAUGUACACCGUGCUCGCGACGGUUCACGACUACGAGUUCGCCGGCUUUGCGCUGGACAAGGUGCUGGUGGAUCACUUUGCCAAGGAGUUCAUGAAGAAGAACUCCGGGGCCGGGGAUCCGCGCGAGAACGCCAAGAGCCUGGCCAAGCUGAAGCUCGAGGCCGAAGCCACCAAGAGGGCGCUCAGCCUGGGCACCAACGCCAGCUUCAGCGUCGAGAGUCUGUUGAACGGCAUUGACUUCGCCAGCACCAUCAACCGCCUGCGGUACGAGACGAUCGGGAGGACCGUAUUCGAGGGCAUCAACCGCCUGGUGGAGUCGGCGGUCAAGAAGGCCGGCCUGGACGUGCUGGACGUGGACGAGGUGAUGCUGGUCGGCGGUACCUCGCACACCCCGCGCAUCGCUGCCAACCUUCGCUACAUCUUCCCCCAGAGCACGAGGAUAUUGGCGCCCUCGACCGAGCCGACCGCCGUCAACCCCUCAGAAGCCGAGGCCCGCGGCGCCGCCCUGCAGGCCAGCCUAAUCCGGGACUACGAGGCCGAGGACAUCGAGCAGUCGACCCACGCCGCCGUCACCACGGUUCCCCACGUCUUCAACGCCAUCGGCGUCGUCUCGGUCAACGAGGCCGGCGAGGACGUGUUCGUGCCCAUCGUCCCUCCCGACACUGCCGUGCCGGCUCGGCGGACGGUCCACCUCUCCGCGCCCAACGGUGGCGACGUCCUGGUCAAGGUUGUCGAGGGCAACACGCACAUCAAGGUGACGCAGCCGGAGCCGAAGCCGAAGCCCAAGGAGGACGGCGACGGCGACGACAACAAGAAGGCCAAGGUCGAGGACGCCGACGACAGCGACGAAGACGACAGCGAUUUCUCGGAUGAGGAAGAGGAAGAGGAGGAGAAGCGGGAGAAGGUCUGGAAGAUCGGGUCUACCCUCGCCGAGGCGGCCGUCAAGGGGGUGAAGAAGGGCGGCAAGGUGGAGGUCUCGAUCACGGUGAACUCGGAUUUGUCGGUUAUCGUAACAGCGCGGGAGGUUGGCGGCAAGGGCGCCGUUCGUGGGACACUGGCGAGUGCUUAGGAGGCAUUCCUUAGACCAAGGGUACGGCGGUAGGCUGUCGCAUAGACUCUAGGGGAAGCGUGAUGCAUCCCCCUUGCUUUGGCUGGGGCGUGCUGGUUUCCAAAGGAACAUCAUCAUGGCUGGUUAUGAUUUGCCUGCUCCGAUAGACACUCUUACCUAUACGACUGAUGCUCGCACCUCGUUGUCCGCAAUCUUUCUCCGGCCCGUUUUC